CAGAACGUCCACGUAUCGUGGGUGGGUGAGAGAGUUCCUCUGUAUGCACACGUAGGCUUAAACCAGUACUUAAACCUGUACAAGAUCACACGCCAACUGGUCACGUCAACCGCUUGGACUUCUAACUGUAUUAUAGUUUUCGUUCUCUUUCAUAAACGCUUCAAUUAAGUGUGAAAGAUGGUGGCCAAACAGAGGAUUCGCAUGGCGAACGAGAAACACAGCAAGAACAUCACACUGAGGGGCAAUGUGGCCAAAACCACGAGAGGCACUCCAGAUGAGAAAGCAGCGGUUGGUCCGUGGCUUCUUGCCUUGUUCGUCUUUGUAGUAUGUGGAUCAGCGAUAUUCCAGAUCAUUCAGAGUAUCCGGGUGGGAAUGUGAGGCAUCUGGCCAUCAGUGCUCUUCAACACUGUUAAUUCUCCUCUUCUGGCACAGCUGAAGAUCUCUUGAUCAUUCCUUUGGUCUUAUUUAAUCUUUCUGUCACACAGUCUUUCACUACAAUGCUUUGGAUGCCUGUGUCUUACUCAAAAUCCGGAAGAACGUUGUCUUUUUAAACGUUUCAAUAUCUGACUUUUCAUCAAUAUUGCUGAUCAGUCCUCGACAGAGGCAAUAAACUCAAGACUACACAUGACCGUUAGAAUUUUUGUAAAAGAAAUGUUGCAAUGAUGCAGUGUUAUAGUUCAGGGACCAGUUCAGUAUAAUUGUUAAUGUUAUUUGGUACUACGCACCUUGUAUUGGAUUCACUCUACCAAUAGAGCUGAGUUUGGGUUCUUUGACUGUGUCAAAGGAAAUGAAGGUUUCACAGAUUCAGUUUUGUGUGUAGAAAACUGGACAAAUAAAAUCAAAUGUACUU